AUGAAAAAUACCGAUAUCAAGAGACUACUGUAUACCCAUCUUUGAUGCAUAUUCUCAAUUAUCCUAAGCAUCUUCAUUCCAUCAUUCUUCUUGGAGAACUUCUCAAUAUUGGAAACUCGCUUGAUGUGGUUGUGCAUCUGUUCUGUUUUUGUAACUGCCGUCAAUCUAGUAUUAUAUUUAGUGGUGAAACCAAAUGCAUCCACUAAAAGAAGUUCAUUAUCAUACAAGGUAACCAGAUUUUUGAAAUGCUGUUUCUACUUUCUUAUGUCUUGUUUCGUCUUUCGUGUAAUUUUUGUUCUAUAUGGAGCACCAUUAAUAGAGCUGGUGUUGGAAACAUUUUUAUUUGCAGUGAGCUUGUCUACUUUUACUACUGUACCUUGUUUGUGUUUGUUAGGACCAAACGUCAAAGCAUGGCUAAGAGUUUUCAGUAGAAACGGAGUUACAUCUGUUUGGGAGAAUAGUCUCCAGAUCACCACAAUUUCUAGUUUUCUAGGAACAUGGCUUGGAGCCUUUCCUAGUCCACUCAAUUGGGAAAGGCCAUGGCAGGUCCGGCCCAUCUCCUGCACGCUUGGAGCAACCUUUGGCUAUGUGGCUGGCCUCGGUAUUUCACCACUCUGGAUAUACUGGAACAGAAAGCAACUUACAUACAAGAACAAUUAA